AAGCCUUCCUCCUCCUCCUCCUCCCUCGUUUGAAUGCGUCUACUUGGGCUGGUGCAGUCUGAGGGAUGGGGGGUUAGAGCCUGCGCCGUCCAACUACCUGUGUGGCCCCCGCAUGGAGGACAGCGGACAGGGAUGCGUUUGGCGCAGGACGCUUCAUCCGAGACGCGAAUGCCGCCUCAGCAUUUUUUCGGGCAUGCCGACGUUACGACAUUUUAUUGACAACACAAAGCAAGGCAUCGCGCGUGCCAUCGCUUUUCUGUGAAUAUGCCUUUGUGAGCGACUCUCCGGCUCGCCACCCUCCGCCGGGAUUCCCCGCAAUAUUUUCGACGAGAGAGGAACGCUGCAAAGUAAAACGGAAAAAUGGACAAAGAGAGCAUUGGCACUCAGUACGAGCCCGUGGCCGAGAUCGGAGAAGGCGCCUAUGGGAAGGUGUACAAGGCGAGAGAUUUGAAGAACGGAGGACGCUUCGUAGCCCUAAAGCGAGUUCGCGUCCAGACGGAGGAGGAGGGCAUGCCGCUCUCCACCAUCCGGGAGGUGGCGGUACUGAGGCAGCUCGAGGCCUUUGAGCACCCCAAUGUCGUCAGGUUGUUUGAUGUGUGCACGGUCUCUCGGACCGACCGCGAAACCAAACUGACUCUGGUCUUUGAGCACGUGGAUCAGGACCUGACCACCUACCUGGAGAAGGCCCCAGACCCCGGCGUACCCCCCGAGACCAUCAAGGAUAUGAUGUACCAGUUGCUCCAAGGGCUGGACUUCCUGCACUCGCACCGCGUGGUCCACCGCGACCUGAAGCCCCAGAACAUCCUGGUCACCAGCGGGGGACAGAUCAAACUGGCCGACUUUGGCCUGGCCCGCAUCUACAGCUUCCAGAUGGCGCUCACCUCGGUGGUUGUGACCCUGUGGUACAGAGCCCCCGAGGUCCUCCUCCAGUCCAGCUACGCCACACCAGUGGACCUGUGGAGCGUCGGCUGCAUCUUUGCUGAGAUGUUCAGGAGACGGCCGCUGUUUCGGGGAAACUCAGACGUUGAUCAGCUGGGAAAGAUAUUCGACGUCGUUGGAGUCCCCUCAGCGGAGGACUGGCCCCAGGAGGUGGCCCUGCCACAGAGUGCCUUCACCCCACGGCCCCCUAAGCCCAUAGAGGACCUGGUUCCGGACAUGGACGAGCAAGGACGGGCCCUCCUCAUGCAAUUCCUGGCCUUCAACCCCUCCAGGAGGAUAUCGGCCUUCGCUGCGCUCAGCCACCCCUAUUUUCAGAGCGUGGACAGCCACAGUAGAAGCGUGUACGCGGCCCAGCCCAUUCCCAGCAACAAGCCCGCCAUGGAGGAGAGAACUGCCUGAGGGUUCUCCUGCGGCCUCUCCCCGCAUGCAGCGCCCAGCCAACGUAUUCAGCUCGGCCCUUUGGAGCAGUGGAGCUUUUUUUUUUUUUUUUUUAAAAAACACUGAUCACCAGUUGAUGCUGAGUGAACGAAAGAACACGCGUGUCGACGUCGAAUCACAGCCGCAACGUGUGUGCACGUCUGGACGGAGCUGCUUCAAAUCUGACUGAACAACACUUGUCGAGCUUUGCCUUUAAACUUUCCAGUUGAAUCGUUUAGGGCCCACGGAUGCCUUCGCCUACACACGGACACAUUAUCACGUCCAGGGAACCGUCAUUCUACCCCUUCAUUCAACUUCCUAAACACAGCGAUGAGUGAGGCUUAAAAUCAUUAUCAGUGUUAGAAAAACUGUGAGUCAGUGCUUUGUGACAUGGACUGAAAUACUUUUGUCUAGUCAGCGUACACAGCCCCAACAGCUCUCCUCCUUCCACAAACCCAAUGGUUCUACUUGCUGCUUUUACGUUGUUCAACGUUGGUGAUGGACCGUGUUAUCAAUGCAACAGGAGGCUUUCUACUCGGGCUGAUGGGCUGCACGCGCCUCUCUGCGACCAUUCUUUUUUUUAGAUCGCGGCCGGGGCGGAUUCAAAGUAAGAGCACGCUCACGGGUGCAACGCCUAGCGUGUGCACAGCCACUGACACACACACACACACACACACACACACACACACACACACCUAUGAGACUGUGGGGCAUCAGAAGCAAGCCACUCACUGCCAUGCCUUGACUCAUCGUAUUAUAUCACUGCCACCUUGAGGACGUCCUGAGUAACUGCAGACCAGUAGCAGGAUUCUAAUGGUUUCUGCUGUCUUCAAGGAUGGCCUCACCAAUGGGCCGACACCGGUGCUGAGACCAUUUAUGAAAGACCCUUUAAAGACAAGUGCCUGCCACUCCUUUGGUGUUCAUGACUUGCUUUUAUUUGUCGUGGGCUUUUAUCGAUUAUUUUUACAAUAGUUAUUUACUAUUUGAAUGAUACAGUAAUGCACAGGCUUGCAGUAGGUGGAGAAUGAGCCACCAGCACUAUUCAGCAUGAAAAACAUUUGGCACAGGGUUGUGUCACAAAUACUCUGUAUUUAAUUUUAAUUUUAUUGACAAGUCUUAUAUACUUGUUUUCAUCAAGUUACUUGAUUUUGUGGUUUGUUUGUUUUUUGUUUUUUUUUAGGAAGCUGUGGCAUAUUCUAUAUUCUUACACCAAUUACACCAACUCUUUCAGAUGAUUCUAGUAUUUGAGUAAGAGUAGUUUGACAGUGUGAGGAAUGUAAUGAGAGCAGCCAUUGGUACUGUGUACAGUAUGUAGAGCUAAGCUGUAAUGAAAACAUGAUCCAUCGCUGCAUCGUCAGCCCGUAGAAGUGUUGGGUAGACGUGGUCGUGAGGGUCCGUGGAACGUUGAAUGGCAAAAGUAUUUUGUAUAUUGACCACGCUGGUUGGGUUUGUUGAGUUUAAUUUACUUUGUAUGGAGAGUGACUUAAUGUUUUAGUGUUUUUUUUAACAAAAUAAUACACAAAUGUUUUGUGUAGUUUUUUUUUUUAAGCAGUAAGUCCCGUUAUGUAUGUUCAGUUUUUAGCAGCAAAGAAAAGGCAAGUUUUGCAGAUUUGUAUUUUUGUAUGUAGUAGUUCUCGCAGAACAGUAACAUAUUAUAACACUGGUUUAUAUUUUCUUAACAGAUAGUGCUGCUAGCACACGCAUACAGACGCAUUCUCUAACUUUCUCAGGUUCUUGUUAUGGAUGUCCGAACCUUUCGGACACAGUUUGCACAUUCCAGGUCUAUACAUCCACGAUACAACUCCUUCAGGUUUUCUUUACUGACCACAAUCUACUGCCAUUUGUACUUAUCAAGUUUAUGUUACUGUAGUGGUUACCUUUUGAAAAUAGCUGCCUGUAUGUGUCAGCAACUUUUAAUUGCUAGAUGGCGAACACAAUGUAGAAUGGUGUGUAAUUGUCUGCUUGACUAAGCACUGUGUGAAUUGUUGUAUUUGGUAAUAACUCAUGUGCACUGGUGUCAGUGCACAACACAAUGAUCGCUCCAUAUACUUUAGGCUUAGGGGUUUACAACAUUUAAAAUGACUGUUUUCAAUGUGUUACUCUUGAUACAAUCACUGUACGCUUUUUAUGACCAGCCUACUGUUGAACUUCUAGAGCUAUCCCUUUUAAUGAAACAUUGCUUCUCCCGUUUUUUUAACUCAACCAGAAAUGAAUAAAAUGUUCCUAUGUCGCAUCUGCUUUUAACAUAAAUGGUGACUAGGAACGCAACAAUCAUGGCAUUAUUACUCCUGUAUGAUUGCAGACAUAUUAUCCUGUUGCACCAGUUGAAUAAAAAGCAGCUUUUUUACUCA